AUGCCAUUGCCGCCGUCGGUGCUUCAUCCUUGCUCUCUGCUCUAUUGUUUGCAGAAAGUGCGCGACACCGUCCGGGACAGCGACGCAGGCUCUGGCCUCCUAUCAAUGAGCGCGCUGUGCUGGGUGGUGAAGAGGAUGGAUCGCCUGACCGGCGACGAUCGUCGCAGUGCGACCAGCAUGGACAAGGCCAUGUCGGAGUUGCUGCCGAUGCCUGUGACGACGACGCCGCGGAGCCCCCCUUCGGCAUCCCAAGCAGUCGGUGUCGCCGACACCAGCGGAGAGGCCGGAGACGGCGUCAACAAGGCAGAUGAGGAGGCAGAAAGGGCUGUGGCGAGGACCGCGGAUCAGGAAAAGGAGGAGGAGGAGGAUGACACCGAUGAUCAGGAUGAUAACGAGGAGGAUCGUGAGGAGCGUGAGCAGGGGCAUGGGCAGGAGGAGGAGGAGGAGGAGGAGGAGGAGGAGGAGGAGGAGGAGGAGGAGGAGGAGGAGGAGGAUGAUGAGGAGGAGGAGGAGGAGGAGGAGGAGGAGGAGGGAGGAGGAGGAGGAGGAGGAGGAGGAGGAGGACAAGGAGGCGGCGGCGGUGGAGGGCCGUGGAGCAGGGUUUCGGGUCGGUGGAGCAGGUGGCGGAGGGGGAGAAGCAGCAAGAGGGGGAGGAGGAGGUAG